CGGGUAUCUGCUUCGGAGAGCCUGAGCAGAGGCGGGAAAUGGCGCCUGGUAACACAGCGGUGUGUCAUCUGAAGACGGCGCUUGAGCGGUAGAGACGCGGACAAACUACAAGCUAAUUGCAAAAACAACCAGUGCCUGUGUUGUGAUGGUUUAAUCUGCCUUGAAUCGCUAUCUGUACAUGCAGCGGGUCACAUUCAACCUUUCAUGUGACUGCUGAAACGAUGAAGCUGAGAAUGCGUAAGGCGUCUCAGCAGCCUAUCCCAACUCUGGCAAGCCGCUCAUCCCGAACCAAGAGGAGGCAUUCAGAAGUUGAAGAUGACCCACCCACCACAAAACGAAGUGGAUUGUUUUCCACCAUCAAGAAGUUCAUAAGAGGAAAUACUGUCAAGAUACAGCAGGAAUGCCCAGCCAAGAAAACUCGCUUCCACUGUGAUGUGGACAACAACCUCAUCACGUCCUCCCCUCCGAACACCAACGCACCCCGGAGGACAGUAAGCAGAGUAGGGAAGAAAGGCUCCGUCAAUGGAUAUGCAACCAAUCAUGACAGGAGUAAGAAGCCCAAUGGUAGUUUGGAGGAAGCAUCGGCUGUUGAAGUGACUGCCAGCCCCCCAAGAACAACCCUGCUUGGAACUAUCUUUUCUCCUGUUUUCAACUUCUUUUCACCAGCUAAAAAUGCCUCUUCAGGCUCCGACUCCCCCGACCAAGCGCUGGAGGCGGAAGAAAUAGUCAAGCAGCUGGAUAUGGAGGAAGUGGUGGAGAUGCCCACCAGCACGGUUACACAGGAAGUGUGUGCCACCACCCACUUCUAUUCCAGCGUAUCACACCUGCCAUCUUUACGGCCCCCCCACAUGCUGGAGACGUCUCCCACCAUUGAUGAAGCAGAGCUGGAAGCUGACGCUGACCUUCCCCCGCUCACAGCUCCAGGUUCCAGUCCUGAAAUGACGUAUGUGGAUGUUCCGCCUCCUGCUGUUCCACCAGAGGUUUCAUACGAGGAGGACUGGGAAGUCUUCGACCCGUAUUUCUUCAUCAAACACGUCCCUCCUCUGACCGAAGAGCAGCUGACGCGUAAGCCAGCAUUACCACUGAAGACGCGCAGCACACCCGAGUUCUCUUUGGUCCUCGAUCUGGAUGAAACGCUGGUUCACUGCAGCUUGAACGAGCUGGAGGACGCAGCUCUGACCUUCCCUGUCCUCUUUCAAGAUGUCAUUUAUCAGGUGUAUGUGCGCCUGCGACCAUUCUUUAGGGAGUUUCUGGAGCGCAUGUCUCAAAUAUACGAGAUAAUUCUUUUCACAGCCUCUAAAAAGGUGUAUGCAGACAAACUGCUCAACAUCUUGGAUCCUAAAAAGCAGCUAGUAAGACACAGGUUAUUUCGAGAGCAUUGUGUCUGCGUCCAGGGAAACUACAUUAAGGACCUCAACAUCUUAGGCAGAGAUCUGUCAAAGACCAUCAUUAUUGACAAUUCACCGCAAGCCUUUGCAUAUCAGCUGUCCAAUGGGAUUCCCAUAGAGAGCUGGUUCAUGGAUAAGAAUGACAACGAGCUGCUGAAGCUCGUUCCCUUCCUGGAGAAGUUAGUCGAGAUGAAUGAGGACGUGCGACCACACGUUCGGGAGAAGUUCCGCCUUCAUGACCUUUUACCUCCAGACUGAACUCUACUCCAUGAGUCUAGAAAUGGGACAACAGGAAAAGACUGAAAACAUGCUUGUAAAAAGCCUCUUUGGAUUACAAACUACAACAUUGCCAUUACUUUAAAAUCGGCCUUUUUUCUGUUUUUUUUUUUUUUUUUUUAAAUCCACUGUUGCUUUAAGAAAAAACAAGAACUUUUAAAGAACGCAUUUGUAAAGAUUGGGCUGUAAUGUUUUUUAAAGAGUUUUAAAUGUAAGCUUAUGAAAAGAACCAGCCCCAGCUAGAAGAGCCCUCAUGUUUUUGAAUGACUGCUGUGGAACCAGCUCCACACUAAAUUCUAAGUCUUUGGUGCUGGUUUAUUACCUACGAGAACUCACCUGGAAGAAGAACUCCCACACAUUCUGGCAGCCUCCAAACCCGAACCAAUCCCUCGGUGCUGACUCUGAAUGGUGACAGACAUGGACACUAUAUGGAUGCUGGAGACAGAAGGUUUCCUGGAAUGGGCUGACCUGUAAAUCUGUGUGUAUGUUUUACUCCCUGAUGUAUACACACGAGCUGAUUGAAACGCUUGGGGAAGCCUACGACCUGUAGCCAUUGAAAACAUAUGCAUUCCUCUGUAGCUCUGUCAAGUUUCUAAUGUUGGUUGCAGUUCUUUCUGGUAAAACUGGUCUUUCAUUAUUUUUGUCUUUUGAAAAAAAAAAAACAAUGAAAAAAAGUGCAAGGAUGAGGUAAAAAAAAAAGACCUAAAAAAUGAUGUUUCAAAGGUGUUUUACAAAUGUUUGUAAAAUGUAUUUUAAGAAGGGUUGUGUGAGUUCUGUUGUAGUUUUGUUUUAAAGGAACAUGGGUCUGCACUCAUCACAGUCCAACGCAUUCUCAAGUCAAGCCAAAUGAAUGCCGAAUAUUUGAGUUAUUCUGACGGAGCGUUGAAUUGGUGUGUUUGCUUCCUUGUGCACACAAUCAUUCUUACGAAUCUUACCUGUAAAUCUGACAUAGUGUUAUGGUUAGAGGGCAUUCAUUUUCAAAGUGACGUGUCAACAUUAACAUUUUUUUAAAAUAGUAUUUUAUUUGUCGUCUGUAAUCGGUAUCCUUCUCCUAAUCAAGUAUUCUUGCUAAAGCGGCUGAGUUUUCUUUUGAAGUUGUACUGUGUACUUUGAUGGAUGUAAGAGUAGCAUCAUGAUUUAUGUAGCACAUUUCUGGCAGUCCUGUAAUAAAGUUUACCCAUUAGACAUCGACGGCCAGAUUCCACACGAGACGCGUCUGGCAACAGCAGCUUUCCAGUUUCUGCUCUCUGACAUUCUUUGAGUUAUUACAAAAGAAUGGUAACCAUAUGAAUGUUUUUACCCCCCCAAGACUAUUUUUUCCCCUUCUUUUUGUUCAAUGCUUAAUCGUAUCUUGUGAGUAGCAGAUAUUCUGAUGCGCUGAUUGGCCGUUGAGUCCGAACUUGGGCAAUCGAGACAUUAGAAUGAUCUUUCCUGUUAGGUUGUUUGUCAGCACUCCAGUUCUGGAGAGUCAACUUCUAUUGCUGGUUAUUUUGGAACCUUUUGAGUUGUAUCAAAGUGCAUUUUGGGGUUUAAGUAAAUGUGUUUGGGGUGCUUGUACAAUGCUGAAAAUAACUCCUCGUCAUAGACUUGUGUUCUCACCACAUGACAGUUUGAUAGUGACAAUCAUAAAUUGGAAAUCCACACUUUUUGAAGUUGUCACUUCCCUAUUUUUUUUAAAGGUUGUAUUCAUUUGUUUGCCGAAGUUCUGUGAAGUUUUGGUAACUUGUUUCAUCCUGCUUUGCCCAAACAAUCCUGACUUGUCACUGGCACAGAAUCUGCUCAGACAAUGUUUCUCUGCUCCGUUCUCAUCUGUAUUUCUGGUUGCUAAUCAUAAGUAAGGAGCUGUUCAGAGGUUUAAUUUUUGAAAACAAAAUAAUGACUUAUGGGCACAAUUCUAUUUGCUCACGUGGAAUGUUUUAAAAAAAAAAAAGACAUCUUCUGACUAUGAAUGUAAAUUGUACGUGGGGUGAAGCGCAAGUGUCUUUCCAAAUUUUAAAGUUCUCCUGUCGGCGCAUUCUUUUUGUCCUUCCAUGUUUUAAUGCAAGUUUCACUUGUGACCUCUGGCUUUUGUUUUUCCCCCUCCAGCAAAGACUCGAGGUUUUAGAUAUCCUUCAUUCAGCUCAUUUUAAUGUGCAUUACAAGUUUAUUGUACAUUAAGAAUUGUACAAUACAUGCAGCUUCUUAUUUGAAAAAAAAAUCCUUAAAAUAAGGAAAAUCUUUUUAAUGUUUUUUUUUUUUUUCAAAGGCAUGACAUAUCUACUUUAAAUGUAUUAAUGAAAAUCUAACUACAUAAGAUUUUUCUUUUUUUUAUUUCUUGAGAAUAUUUGUAUGUUUAGCUCAGUGUCACUGAACUGUUAGACGUAGCAUGUAGACAAUACGGCUUGCUUUGUUGGAAAGUCAUGAAUUAAAUUUCAGUCAUGGCGCUCCUUCUGCAGAAAGGGGGCGCUCAUGCUAAAGAUUUUCCUUCUUUUGUUUCAAUACUUGGAAGUCUUUUUACCUGCAAGACUCGCUAUCUGUGCUCAAGAUGUAUUUAAAAAAAUAUUUUAAGACAUCUUUGUUAUCUGUUAGGCUGUAUGCUCUUGUAUAGUGUGUAUAUAUAUAGUUACAAUGAAUUUCUGAAACAAAGUUUUAAAGUAAAAAAAAAAAAAUCCUGUUCUGCA